AUGGAAAUUGCAGACAUGUCCCAUCUGUGUGUGGAUCGUGCAAAUGGCGAGUUGGUGCCACAUCCUACGGACUGUCAGGGAUUCUUUGCAUGCGCCGUUGUCCCAAUUCUUCACUAUUGUGAGGAAGGCCUGCACUUCAAUGCCGAUCGCGCUUUAUGCGAUUUGCCAGAGCGGGCUAAUUGCCAACUGGGAGCUCUCACUCCGGCAGCAACAGAUGUAAGCUUGCAGCACAACAAGCCGCAGCCCGUAUUCAUGGCCGUCGACGUAGCCAGUGGCCUGCCUGUGGAUCCUAUGCAAAGGUAUGAUCCGCAUCAUAUCGAAUGCCGUCACUUUGGCGCCUACUUUUUGCCGCAUCCGCGCAAUUGCCAGCUGUAUUUUAUAUGCGCCUAUGGCCAUCUGCAUCGCCAUCAGUGUGGUCGCGGCACACAAUGGAACUACAAGAGUUCCGAGUGCCAGCUGAGCGAAGAGGCAGAGUGCUACUCCCGUGAAUGGUCCAAUAUAAAUGACAAGGGCGAUAACGAUGAAGCACUCGAGAUUGGUGUGUCUCCCACGGUCGCUUCUCUGCCUACGACAACUUCUGUUAAUCCAGUGACCGUUUGUUAUAUUGUGGGUAGCGAUAGCACGACGCUUUCAACAAGCUCGACCCAAUAUAUUACAAGUCCGCUGCCGACCUCCCCAGUAGAAGAUCAUAUUAAGCCAACAUCCCGUCCUGCUGACAGUACGCCGCGUGCAGACGAAAACUCACUGAAAUGUCCAUCGGAAAAACAGAGUUAUCUGCCGCAUCCGGAGGACUGUAGCAAGUACUACAUUUGCAUUAUUGGCAAACCGGUGCUCACAACCUGCCCUAAGGGACUAUUCUGGGACCAAAAGUCGGGCUAUUGCGAUCUAGCUAAAUACGUUAAAUGCUUCCAAGAUGCCUAA